AUGAACAUAAUUUGUGAUGAACCCUAUUUUAUUGAUAAUAACAAUGAGUUAUUUUGUCCAGUGAAUUGUCCUUUUAUAAGUUCUAAUGAUGUAUGGAAAUGUAUCGGUAUAUGUACAAGUAAAGAAAAGUGUUCUCUUUAUAAUUCGUCUUUAACAUUUGCAGAUGAAGAAACCAAUAAAUGUGUUCCAUGUUUAGUAUCUGGUUGUAUUCGUUGUAUUAAGAGUACAUUGAGAAAAGGUUCAAAAUCUUUUUUGAGUAUUUCAGAUAAUUUACCUAAUAUAUGUUUAGAGUGUAUUAAAGGUUAUAGAUUAUCAAGAGACCGUACUAAAUGUAGUUUGAUAUAUGAAGAAUUUAUUACCAGAAGUUGUGGUUUUUUGGUUGUUAUCUUUUUAUUGUCAUUUAUAUUUUUGUCUAUAUAUUUUUAUAAAAAUAGAGAUAAAAUAAAUAUUUUAUUAUUUAAACUAGCUUAUCAAUAUAGAACCUUAUCAAAAUUUAGAAAUAAUUUAAUCUAUGGACGUCCAUUAUAUCCAUUAAAUAUGAAAUUAUCCAAAAACGAUAUAGGAGGUAUUGGUUUAAUGUUAUAUUUUCGUUAUUUAACUUUUUUAAAUUGUUUAUCUAUUCUUUUUAUUAUAAUCAGUUUAUUUGAUGUAUAUUUACCUUUUGAUGAAUUAAUACAAACAUAUAGAAAUGUGGAAUCUACAACAUCUUUUGAAAAAUGUAAAAAUUUAAAGAAUUAUAUAUCUCAUAAUAUAUCUCCAUUAAUUCAUAUGAAAAAUUUAGAUUGGAUGUCCCUCGAUAUGUUUAAUAUGACUAUUCGUUUUAAACAUCAUAUGAUUUUUUCCUCAUUUGUUAGAUAUAUUUUAUGUAUGAUUAUUACAUUUGUAUUUAUAUAUAAUCAAAAAAAAUUUUACAAUAUAAAAAAAAAUACUUCUUAUUGUAUGAUGGAUUAUGCUCUUUCCAUUGCUAAUUUUUCAAGUUCACUUUCAAGUCAUGAUAUUCAGAAUUUUUUUGAAAAUUUAAUAAAGAAAAAAAUUAUAGGUAUAUCAUCAUGCUAUGAUUUUUAUCAGCAGAAAGAUUUAGUAUUUAAUCUGAUAGAAGAACAAAUCGAAUGGGCUGAUUUUAAAAUGAAGUUAUAUCGAAAUUAUGAGGAAUGGAAAAAGGAAAAUAAAAAGAAAAUAGUGUCCAUAUAUGCAAAAACAAAUAAGAAUAUAAAUAUUAUAAACAAAAAGGAAAUAUUAAAUGACAAUACAAUCUCUACAAAUUUAUUUUAUGGGAAAGACAUUAAUUUAUAUGAAGGACAUGAUAAUUAUCUUAUAGAAAAAUUACAACAUUUGAAAAGAUAUGAACUUUUUCCAGUUUGUGAAAUUGAUAUUCAUACAGAUGACAGAAAUUUUGUAAAUACUAAUCAAUCUAAUGAUUCGAAAAAAAUUAUACAAAAAUCUACAUUUACAAGCAUGCAAACUACUCAUAUUGAUAGCAAGAGUACAUGGAAUAUAUAUAACAAUAAUAAAAUAAAUCAGGAGAAUGACAGUAUUACUUUCUCUGAACAUUUUUUAUAUGAUCAUCCAUUAAUAUUAAAUGAAGAAUUGAAUGAAGAUAUAAAUAAAAACAAAUAUUGUCAAUAUGACAAGUAUGACGAUAAUUAUUAUAAUGAUAAGUAUUAUAAUAAUUAUCAUAAUGAUAAUAUUUACAAUAAGAACGGAAAAAAUUCGACAUCUUAUAAAAAUAUCAUAUUAAAUGAAAAAAAAAACAAUUUUCAUAUGGAAGAUUAUUUCUUUAAAGAUAUAACCAACCAAAUAAUUGAUUUAUGCUCUAAAGAAUAUAAGAACAUAUCAAACCAAAAAAAAAAUAUAUUAAAUGAUUAUAUAAGAAAAUCGAUAUUUUCUUACUUUAAAAGAAAAAUAGAUCAAGAUAAUCGUGAAAGAAAUGGAUAUAUCCCAUUUUGUAUGUGUAAUAAUACAGAAGGACUUUUUUUGAAAAGAGAUUUGUCUAAAGAUAUGAAAGUGGUAAGAAAUAUUAAAUGCUGUAACAAAGCUUAUGUAAUAUUUAAUACUACCAAAGAUUUAAAUUUGGCUUAUUCACUAAUAAAUAAAUAUAUAGAUAAAAUAGAAAAGAAAAGAAUAAAGAAAAAAAACAAGACAAAAGAGAAAAAAACAAAAGAAUUAAAUAAAAGAAAAUAUAAAUUUUAUUCCUUCUUAUUUUCUCCUAUUUUGUUUGUAAAAAGUAUAUUUAAUGAUAAAAAAAUACACAAGAAUAUUACCAAUAAAUUAUUAUCAAAUAGUUGUAGUAGUAGUAGUAAUAAUAUAUUAUGGAAUAAUAAUAUGAAUGAUAAUAAAAUUUAUAACGAAAUAAAUAUAAAAUGGGAAAAUAAAAAAUUUAAUGGAAGAAUACAAAAUAAUUUAUUUCUUUUUUUUCAAAAUAAUCGAUUUCAAGUUAAUAAGUGUGAUGUGGAACCUAUUGAUAUCACAUGGCAAAAUAUUUCUAAUAAUACAUUUAUAAUACCUAUAAUGAUAAUAAAAAUAACAAUUUCGAUACUUGUACUUUUUUUUCUAAUUUUAUUAUGGAGUAUUAUAUUUUAUGGUCCUUAUGCAAUAUAUGCUUUACAUCAUGCAAGUAUUAUUGAGAAACAGAAAAAACAAGAAAUUUUAUUUAAUAUACUAAUAUCUCUAAUAUUAGGUAUAUUUAUAGGUUUAGGAAAUUUUUUAUUAACCUUUUUAACAACAUUAAUUGGUAAUUUUAUGAAAUUUGAUAAGAAGCAAUCUACUGAUUCUUUUGUAUUUUGUGUUAAUAGUAUAUUCCAAUUAUUAAACUUUUUAUUGAAUGUUCUUAUUACUCAUUUAACUAAUGCAGGUGGAGAUAAUAAAAUUAGAUCCUUUUUUCUUUUCUUUCCUAAUCAUCUAUUUGUUCAUCUUAAAUCUAAAGAUAUUAUAUUAGGAGAAGAAUAUUCAUUUGGACGAUCUCUAAAUUAUAAUAUUAUUCCUUUUAUCACUUUAUUUCCAACACUUUUUUCUUUUUUUGGAAUUUAUAUUUUACCAUUUCUAUAUAAAUCAAUGCUAAUAUUAUUUUGUUCAAAUACAACCAUCAAAAAAGCUGAAAAAUUAAUUCAGUGCCCUGAAUGUAAUUUGCAUUAUAGAUAUAGUGAAGCAGUUAUUAGUUUUACUGUAACUCUCUUGUUAUUCUUUUUCACACAUGAUAAAUAUAAUACAUCAUUUACAUUCUUACUCUUAUUUUUAUCCUAUUUAUUUAUAAAAUAUAGAGACACGUAUUUGUUUCUUCGAGAAACAAAAAUUACAUAUUAUUAUAACACUUUUUUAUUUGAUACGGUAAUAGCUUUUUGGUCCCUCCCCACAGGCAUUUUAGCCAUAUUACCCUUCUACUGGAUGUGGAGAUCACACAAAACGUCCAUAUUAACAGUUGGUGCAGUUUUUUUUGUUCAUAUAUUUAUUUAUUUUAUAAUUUGUAAUGCUAUAAGAAAAAACCUGAAUGAAAGUAUAAGCACGAAUGAUGUGUCAUAUAAUGAAGUGGCCCAAAUGAAAGCAUAUAAUUGGUUUAAUACAAAUCCCGUAUAUGUUCUAAAACAAUACUCAAAAAAGAGAGGUGUGGAAUAUGCGACGAAUUAUUAUGAUAAGAAUGAUAAAGAUAUAAUGGAAUUCAAAAUGAAAAAAGACUCAACUAUGAAAAAUGAUAAAUCCAAAAAAUAUAAUUUCCUCGAUUCUUAUAGAAGUAUAUUUUUUAAUCAAGAAAUCAAACCAAAAGAAACAGAAACACAUGAUACAAUAAUCAAAAUGGAUGAUCUUGAAAAUUCGAAAGAUAUUCAAAACAUGUCUUAUAAUCUAUUAGAUACUUUCAACAGGAAGAACAAUAAUGAUAAAAACAAAGAUCAUUUUAAUGAAGGAGAACUAAAAAAAAAAGAAGGAAGUAGUAAAAAAAUCUCUAGGAAUAUUAAUUCAUCUCAUGAUUAUAAUAUAUAUAUGCAAAAUAACAAGAAGGGAAAUUAUUCCCAUAAUAAUACAACAAAUAUUCCGUAUAUAUAUAAAACAAAAAAUGAAUACUUAUCUGAUGAUUUUAUUAUCAGAAAUAGAAAAGAUAAUCAAAAUAUAUUUAACACAAUAAAAAGUGAUUAUGGAGAUAAAUUUGUUAGAAUAAAAAGAAAAAAUAUAAAACAAAGUAAAAAAAAAAGAAUAAGAAAUAAAAGAUCAAAAAUCACUAAGCCCAGACAAAAAGAUUUAAUAUAUUACGUCAUUGGAAAAGAAUAUCUUCAAGGUGACAGAUUCGCAAAUUAUACAAAGGAUUAUAAUGAAUUGUAUGAUUUUAUUUAUAGAAUUUAUUUAUCUUUAUCAUCAACAGCAUAUAAAAUUAAAAUGUUUCCAUUAUUGGCAAAAAGGAAAUAA